CCCCUCCUCUCUCACCAUGAAGGCUUUUGCAAGGGGCUUUGUGCUCGCUCUUGUGGCUGCAGCCUGGGCGCAGGAUGCCCUGGUCUCUGUUACGUGUGGCCACAUGUGGCUCUCCGUGGCGGUGCCGGCUGGGCUCCUGGGGAGCCGUGUGACCGGUGGGGAGCUGACUCUGGGAUCUAGCUGUGGGGUGACGGCUGCUGACCAGGACGGGUACCGGCUGGAGCACCCGCUGGAGGGCUGUGGGACCACCCUGCAGCUCCUCCCGGACAGCAUCCACUACAGCAAUGUCCUCCACUACCACCCCUUGGCUGGGGGGGCCGUGGCUCGAGCCAGACCCUUCUCCCUCCCUGUGGACUGUUACUACCCCAGGAUGGGCAGUGUUUCAUCCAGGGCCAUCCAGCCCACCUGGGUCCCCUUUGGCUCCACCAUCGCUCACCAGAGACCCCUGCGCUUUGCCCUGGAUGUAUAUGACAGUACCUGGUCCUCCCGCCUGCUCCAGCCCACCUAUUCCCUGGGGGAUCUGAUAAAUAUUGAGGCCUCGGUGAGAACCGACCCCCGCCUGCCCCUGAGGGUCUUCGUGGAUGAGUGUGUGGCCAGCCCCAGCGCGGCAGCACGGCUGAAAUACAAGGUCAUCGCUGACAACGGGUGCCUGCGGGAUGGGCAGCUUGGUCGCUCUCGCUUCCUACCCCAGCGUGGAGACCGCUUCCUCCGCUUCCAGCUGGACACCUUCCUCUUCCCAAACUCCUCCGGCAGCCAGAUCUACCUCCGCUGUCACCUGAAGGCUGUGGCAGAGGGGGCUGCCAGCACUGCUGGCAAAGCCUGUUCCUAUGACCGUGUGGCAGCCGCCUGGCAUUCCCUGGAUGGGGCCGACUGCUCGUGCUGCGGCUCUCCGGCCGGCUGCGGGGGCCGGCGGCGGCGCUGGCUACCUGGCAGCGUGGGGCUCCUUGGGGAAGCCAGCAUCCGUGUCGGUCCCCUGGGGCUGCUUUCGGCUCUGCCUGGUUCAUCCCCCGUGCCCACGGAGCUCCCGACUGCACCGGAGCCCAGCACGGCUCUGCCUCCCCACCCCUCCAUCCCUGUGGUGCGGGGGGAGAAGAGGGACUCUGGGCCAGCGCUCCCUGUCCCUGGCACCAUGCUGGCCAUGGUGGCCAUGUGCUCCAUCCUUGCCGCUGUGGCCAUGGCUGGCUGCUACUGCUCGGUGCGCCGCCGCCGGAGUGGGCACCAGCUGGGGGGGGCCGAGGAAGAUGUGGGGGAGCGCUCUGCUGUGGCCAUGACCCCUACCACAGCCAGUGGUGCCCAGGCCAUACCUGGGGACCCCCCGCUCUUGUGGACCCUGCCAUCGCUUCCUUCUUUUUAGAAAUAAACCUGUGGCAGAAA